AUGACUGUCGUGCAAAGGGAGGGCUCUGUAGGCCAGAGCACACUUUGCAUUAAUGCCGCAAAUUAUCCGACAAACGAUCGGAUAUCGAAGGGUGCCGUGGAAGGAGCAAAACAAUUGACUUCUGUCAUCCGUAACUAUAUAAAAGUCGCUGGCACACUGCACACCGUUCUCAGUGCUGUUGAUGAGAUGUUAAAAUACUUGUGCUUUUGUAUUUUAAUUUGCAUUGUCAAAUCUGGGAGAGAGGAGUACAGUACCCGCAGCAAUGUAGCAAUGAGCAGGAUAAUCCACGGAGACGUCACCGACAUAGAAGACCAUCCCCACCAGGUGGCGCUGAUUGCAAGGAAACAAAGCAGGAGCAAAAUAAUCUGCGGAGGUGCCUUGGUGAAACCACGCGUCGUCUUCACGGCGGCCCAUUGUACCCAUGUGAUCCCGCAUGCUAGACCCCGAGAGAAUUUAUCGGUUUUAAUUGGAGCAAAUUCGUUAAAUGAUCCCAGGGGUACUGAGCAUAAAAUACAGAAAGUUAUCAAACAUCCUGCUUUUGGUUAUAAUAAUUUCGAUCAUGAUUUUUCCGUGGUCUUGCUAAAGAAACCCGUGGAGUAUACAGAGAGGGUGCAGAAUAUUCCUAUUUCGUUGCAUGAUCAUAUGGAGGGUACCAGGGCUACUGCUUCAGGAUAUGGCCUUACUGAAUACGGAUUCCCUUCGAAGAACUUGAGAUCAGUAGACUUAUCGAUAGAGAGACACUCAAAAUGCCAAAACUACUUCCCGAAAGCAUUUCAUCCAAAAAUUACCAAGAACCACGUGUGCGUGAAACCAGACAGGAAAACAACGUAUUAUGGUGAUUCAGGAGGUCCUCUUACGGUUAACGGUAAAUUAGUUGGAUUGGUUUCGUUUGGAAGAACAGUAAGCGGUGAUAAGAAAACCACAGUUUUUACAAGAGUGCGCAAUUUUUUGGAUUUCGCUGAUUCUGUAAUACCAGCAGAAUUCCAUGAUAAUAGAUAGAAAAACAAAAACUG